AUCGUGGGGUUAGCUCGUUGGCAGCGGUGAUGCUACCUAAUAGAGCCUUGCGAGUUUGUAUGUCUGACAUUUGAAAUACUGCUUUCCCUACAGGUGGUCGAUAGUGACAUCACAACUGUUUUUCUUCUCUCUCCUCUUGCCUUUUGAAAUUAAGAGUUAUUUUUGGAUCGGUGAUGCUCUAAAUUUGAUAUUCUCUUCAUAGUCUCCUGAUAAGAGUUUAGUUUGGCGGUAUCUACUGGUAUUUCUGAUCGUCGUACAUCUUUCUGGUUCUGUGGAUUGUGUAUUUGGUCUUUCAUUCAGAGGUUGCGGGUUCAAGUCCCUGGGACACAUGCUAUGAAGAAAAUUCACUCGACCUCAGUCAUGUCUCCAUGGUUUGGAGAAAUCAACAGCUUCUGACGGGGAAGGCAUCAUUUGAUUUUUCUCUUUACAACGCUCCAGGAAGAUUGUUCGUGCAAAGGAGUGUUUCAUCAACAUAUUUAAUCUGACAAGUUGCCGUAUCUGUUAACUUUCCUUGAGUUUGAUUGGCUGAGAAACACAGGUGUCUGAAUGUUACUAUUGUAACAAAAAGAAUAAAACUGACUUGGUUGGAUAAGAUAUCGUACAGGCAAAGCAAGACAAGAGGAAGAGAGGUUCUUUGAUAUCAAGGAUAUUGUUCAAGCAUCUGUGACCACUGAAUUGAGAUAUUACAGAAUUCUUUUAUCAGUAUUUAUCAGUUAAGGAAAAGUAGUGUUAAGAAGUCAUCAUCUGGUACUGAUUGGCUCUUAUUAAAACAAACCCCACUGGAAUAUCACAGAAUUCAGUUGUCAACUUCUAACUCUUUAGGUGGAUGGCUGCUUUUGACUACUGAAUCUCAGGAUCACCCAUAUAAUUGUAACAUAUAAUAUAUUGACCAGAUCAUUCUCCUGCUAGACCACUUCAAAAUUAAACUGCAGCCAGGAUUGGGUGAGAAGGACUGCAGGAUCGGUAAUGUGUGGAAAGCUCCCUUUGCUCUCCAUUUUGGUCGUCUCCAGUGAAUGUUUGGUUUUAAAUUUUAAAUUUGGAGAUGUCAGUCAAGGCCGGUGUACUUGCUUUGAUAGCAAUAGUAUGGAUCCGCGGAUGCAGAUUGACCGGUCUCUUGAUCAAGUGACUUUUGUUUUAGAAGCGAUUAAGUGCAGCAUGGAUCAGUGAACUACACCUUGAGUAGUGCUAUUCCCUAUUUGAAUGAUGAAAUGGCACUUGUUGUGAAAGGAGCAAUGAUAAAGGUUAGGUGGCAAAACUAGGAGGAAAUUCAACUGAGUUGUUAUAAAAGGGCAUCUUGCUUCGAUCUUUUGAGAAACUAAGAUCACCAUGCCUUGAAACAAUCUCUGAGAAACAAUAUCAUCAAACAGAAUGUUAUUUUUACUUCUUUUAUGAAGAACUUUGUUGUACCACAGAUGUCAAUUGAUUUUAUUAACGAGUGAUCAAACUUUUAGAGGAUGCAUUAAGACUAGAGCUAGUCUCAUGCACCAGACUCCAGUUUGUGUGCUUUGAGUGACAAUGAAUUGCACCUGUAAGACAAGCAAUAAGAACAAAACACACCACAUUACUGUUGACUGUUCAGUGGAGUCUAAGGAACAUUCUACAUCAGUUGUAUUAACUCUGUUGGAUCAAAAUGGAGACCCAAAUACAGCAUCAGAGAGCGGAGUUACUCUUCUUCAUCAGUGCUGUAUGGAUGACAAUCUCUCUGUUGCCGAGAUUCUCGUACAGAAGGGAGCUGACGUCAACCAAAAGGAUGAAGAUCAGUGGACACCCCUUCACUCUGCCUGUGCCUGUGAUUCUACAGAGAUUGUACAACUCCUCCUAAAUAAUGGAGCCGAUCCCACCCUGAUAGACGUCGAUGGUAGUAUCCCAUCAGAUCAAGCACCUGCAGGUUCAGAAACCAAGAUGGUCAUUGAAACACAUAUGAAAGACAAUGGAUUUGAUGAUGUCGCUGUCAAGAACAUCAAGAAGAAGGAAGCGAAGCGGAUGCUGGCCGAUGUCAAAGACUUCAUCGCAACGGGUGGAAACGUGAAUACUGCCAACAAUCGUGGAACAACUCUUCUUCACAUUGCCGCUGCAAACAACUACAGAGAUGUCGCUAAGCUGCUUCUUGACAGAGGAGCAAACAUCGACGUCAUCGAUGACGAAGGAAUAACACCUCUCCACGUGGCAGCCAAGUACGGUCAGACCAAGAUGGUCAAGCUAUUGGUCAAGCGAAAUGCAAACCCACGUGUAAAGAACGUCCAAGAACAAAAGGCAGCAGACUUAGCAUCAUCCGAGCUGAUAGAGGAGUUAUUGAAAGCUGCUGAUCGGGAUUAUAACCCAGUGUGUCCGCCGUCUCCGUUACCCGACCCUGAUGACGAGGAUGAGGUGGAAUUAGAACGGGUCAACAGCAAAACAUUGCGGUCAAGAGCUACACCUCUCUCUAAGACAGACCAGCUCUUUGAAGCUGAGACAAGGAUACAAGAUGAAGGUGAUAGCGCCCCCACAGCCAAAGCAGUGGACGAGGAAGAAAAUUUUCAGGGCAUCGGACUGAAAGUAGUCAAGGAGGAUGAUUCGGUAUACCUGCCAUCACCUACUAAGAGUGAUGAUCUUGCCAUGUUACCGGAGAUGACAGAGAAUGUUAUUCUUCAAGAACUCAUGCUCAGAUACAGUAGAGAUAUCAUCUAUACUUAUGUCGGUGACAUCCUAGUAGCAGUCAAUCCCUUCAAGGAGUUACCAAUAUACUCCAGGAAUUCAUCCAACCAAUACUCCAACCUCCUAGAGCGCUCCAAGAGAACCCCUCACAUGUUUGCCGUCGCAGACCGGGCCUUCCAAUCUAUGCUCAGGGAACGCCGGUCUCAGUGCUGCAUCAUCAGCGGGGAGAGCGGGGCUGGCAAGACUGAAUCCUGCAAGUAUUUUGUGCAGCAUCUCCUCAGUCGGGCCAACAGCUGUGAGAGCCUUCUGAAUGAGAAGAUAGAACAGGUGAAUCCUUUGUUAGAGUGUUUUGGUAAUGCUCAAACAGUCAUGAAUGAUAACUCAAGUAGGUUUGGUAAAUACCUCGAACUCAAGUUCUCUGCUGCUGGAAAUGUGGUUGGAGCUCAUCUCUCUGAAUACCUGUUGGAGAAAUCACGGAUUGUGAGCCACGGUGAAGGGGAGAGAAACUUUCAUAUAUUCUAUCUUCUAUUUGAUGGCCUAACACAUGAUGAGAAAGAAUACUAUGGUCUCAAGUCACCUGGCCAACACAGGUAUAUGAGGUCAGAGGGUAAACCAACGUUAGGACUGACCAAUCAACAAGCAAAGUUUAGAGCUGUUAGAGAUUGCCUCAGACUCAUUGGAUUCUCAAAUGAAGAUGAGGAGAGUUUGUUUAGUGUGCUAUCCGCCAUCUUGCUUCUUGGAGAUCUCAACUUCUGCACCCAAGAGAACUCUGAAGCUGCCAUUCUGACCAAUCCUGAUGUUGCUGAAAAGGCUGGAGAGCUGCUUCAUAUUCCUGGGGAUGAGAUUGUCGGUGCCAUUCUGUCUGAGACAUCAUAUACCAGAGGUGAAUCCAUUACCAAACAUAGGACCCCUCUCCAGGCCGCUGACUGCCGAGACGCACUGACCAAAGCCCUCUAUAGUCGACUGUUCAGUUGGGUCGUCAAUAACAUCAAUCAAUUGUUAGAGCCUUUGGAGAUCAAUCAGGAUAACAUCCUUGAGAUUGGAGUCCUGGAUAUCUUCGGCUUUGAGAACUUCAUCAAGAACAGUUUUGAACAGCUAUGCAUCAACUUAGCCAAUGAGCAGCUUCAGCAUUAUUUCAAUGAGCACAUCUUCCAGAAUGAACAGGAGGAGUGUGAAAGAGAAGGGAUCCAACUGAACAGGGUUAACUUCACCAGUAACCAGCCGGUCCUUGAUGUCUUUCUUGAGAAACAUCUCAGUAUCACUGCUUUGAUUGAUGAGGAGAGUCAUUUUCCAAAGGGAACCAAUCAGAGUCUAGCAACCAAGCUUCAUGCCGGGCCAGGAGUUAGGUCUAAGGCUGUUUACAAGACUCCCAAAGAUCUCGGCAUGACAUUCUCUGUUCUUCACUAUGCUGGCAUUGUUUGUUAUAAUGUAGGUGGAUUCUUAGAGAAGAAUAGAGACACCCUAGCUAAAUCAGUCCUAUUCACAAUGAAAACGAGCAACAAGCCCUUGAUUCGAGAACUAUUCCAGAACCGUCUGACAAGGACUGGGUCUCUUGCACCCAGCGCUCGUCAGCGGCAAUCAAGACGUACUCGAUCUGUCAAGAAUUCUAAAGAUGCCUUCGCUUUCUUCAGGAAACAGAAACUCUCUGGCAAAGAAAGCAGGCAACCAAAGAGAGGCAAAGGCGAUAGACCAGUUGUAGGCACUGAACGCAAGGGACCAGCAACAGUACUGUUUCAUUUCAAGAACUCUCUUGCCGAGCUGAUGGGCAAAAUGAAGCGAUCUUCCCCUCACUUUGUCCGCUGCAUCAAACCCAACACUCACAAACUCCCGGAUAAGUUUACUCCGGAGUAUGUGGUAGCUCAGCUCCGAUAUACUGGUAUCAUGGAAACAUCUCGUAUCAGGAAACAAGGAUUUCCUCUUCGUCUCACUCCAGAGGAAUUUGUGGAGAGGUAUGCUGGUCUUGUUGCUAUGGCAACCAUCAAGGUUCAGAUCCUGGCUGAUUUAGAGAAAUGUCGUUUCACUUUGAAAGCGCUGGGUAUCACUGGAUGGCAGAUUGGAAAGACAAAACUGUUCUUUCACUACUGGCAUGUGGAAAAGCUUGCUGAGCUAAGCGCUAAUAUUGACAAAAGAUUACUGCGUUGCCAAAAAGGUAAGAGUCUUUGUUCUGUACUAGCUAACUUUAAAGAGGAAUCCAGCCUUGUCCUAAAAUGUUGUGUUGGGAAGGAGAAAAAUAAAUUAAACAGAAUGGUAAAAGUUUGAAAGAAAUCGGACAAGCAAUAAGAAAGUUAUAGCUGUUUUUAAAUUGAGAUCACUAAUACUAUGUAGAUUUCAAAUUGGCAACUGAGUAAUUAAAUUAUGACAAGGGGCAAGGACAACUUUCCCAUAUGCCAUGUACUUUAUUAUCAGGGAUUUGUGGUUUCUCCUAAGUACCCAUUCCCCUGGGGCAGUAAUCCGAAUAUAACCCAGGUAGUAUAUUGUUUUAUGUCCUCAUGAAAGAAAAAUAUAAUUUGAAAUAAAACUUUUGGGAAAAAUGACAUUUUAGCCAUAAUAUGUAUUGGAGUACGUGGAAGAGUAGUCCUUGCCUUACAUCACUAUGACAUCCCAUAUGCGGCCAAUUUGAAGUCUCCAUGGGUAUAGUGAUUACCAAUAUUUACAACUUUUAAAAAUUCAUAACUUUCUUGUAGUUUGUUCAAUAUUGUUCAAACUUUCACCUAUCAAUUUGUCUGAAUUUUCUUUUCCUUAUAAAAACAAGUUUUUAUUUGGGUUGGAUUCCCCUUAAAGUGAUUUCUUACAGCAUAUUUAUGCUUCGAUCCUUUGCAAAGACAGAAUGAUCAUUGUAACAGCUCAUCAUAAACAGGUUUUUACUGAGUACUAGGAAGAGAGGUCAGGUAGAGUAGCAGACAAAAAAAAGUACCUAUUUGAAAUUCAGAGCCCCUACUUUCAACCGUCUUUCCCACUAUCAGCUAUUCAUUCCCAAUUAUCAUGUUUCAUCAAAGACAAAUAUAAUGGGGAAUUCCAAAACAUUGUUUUGAAAACAUCCGUACUGCCUUUUGAUUCCUGCUAAAAGAUGCUUCAUAAACUUUCGACAAGGUUCCAUAAUCUUGAUCAAUUUGUUUAUAAUGAUAUCCUUUAAAUAAGGUCAUAAUUAAAUUUUGAAUUUUAGCCUCUGGAGAAACUUUUUUUUUACAGAAACAUUGAUCAUAAACAUGCCUUUUUAGGCAUUUAAUGGUAUAUAUGUUUGCUUCUUGUUUAUUGCACGUUACCUUUCAGUUCUUUGGGACGAUAAUGAAGCUCUUCCCAAUUAGCCAAUGAGAUGCACAUAUCUGUUGCUUAUAACGGUGGUCUGUCAGAAUCGCGAGUAAAUUAUCUCUUGAAACACUCCUGUCUUGGAAUGGUUUCAAGUCACAUGAUGAAGUAAUAAUAAUCAUUUAGUAGUGACAAUCUUUCCAAACAAGUGCACAGUCAUUGUCACUAUUAUGCGAUCUCACCCUUCUAGUUACACUGUUUAAGUUACAUGAAUAUAUUUGAUACAAAAUUUGUGGUGUUUUGAUGAAAAUUCUAUUUCUCAAUAUCCUGAAUGUUUGAUACAGAUCUGCCUCUAGAUUUCCUUGUUAGGAUUCAUUUCAUCAAUACCAUAGCUAUUCAUUUGGGUGAUUGAUGUACCACAAAUUGAUUAGAAACCAGCAUUGUCUUCCUGCAUGAGAAAAGAUUAAAGCUUAUCAAAUACAUGUAAUUCUUUUAUUUUUUUCAUAUUUGCAGCAUGCCAUUGUUUUUCGUUUCAUUGGUUUAUUAAUCUUAUUCCUUUGUGAUGUCACUAACAACUUAAAACCUUCUAGAAAUAAUAUUUAAAUAUUUUUAGCUUGUAUUUACUGACUAAAUUCUGUAAAAGAUAUAUAUGGCAUGUGUUUUUUUUUAAUGUGCAGAGUUUUAAUUAAACUCAAUCCACUAAUAAACUUUAAUCAGUUUAGCUAGUGUCCUAUAUAGUUGAAUUGAAAUAAGCUCCUCCAUAUACAUGUAUAUAUACAUGUUCAUAUUCUGCCAAACACUAAAUUUUUUAGAAGUCCCUAUAAGGAUGUGUUCAAUGUCAGUUUCCAAAUUUAAACGGCAACAUGAAUCAUGAUUGAAAACGUGAUUACAAAAUGUGGAUAUGAUGAAAAACAAAGGGUGUGUUCAAUGUCCUCCAUUCCUGCUCGUAAAAGUAAACGUCUUUCAAACCGUUAUCUGGAGGAAAAUUUAAACGUCAAAAAAGUUAUUACGACCUUUGAUCGCGAAUGUGACAUUGAACACAAUUGAGUUUUGAAACGUCUUUAAAUUUGCUCUCACAGUGGAAGCCUAUACAAAAGCAGGUGCCAGAAUUGACCUUUCUCGUGUUUGGUUGAACUGCAUUCUAAAGCUGCGCUAACGAAAGCAGGAAGUUUAAGGGCGAUUAACAAAGAAUCAGCUUUAUAUUUUUGACACUGAACAGUGCACCACUGAUCGUGUUUGUGUUCUGUGUUUUGUAAUUGAGUUUUCAAUCAUGAUUCAUGAUGCUGUUUGAAUUUUGAAAUUAAAAUUGAACACACCCCAGUGUACUUGAAUAAUACAGCAUAAUUACCCUCACUCUGUUAUGCACCAUGCGUUUCAAGGAAGAAAUUUCUACUAGGUUCCCAUUUACCUUGGCCGGUUGAGUGCAGUACAGUAUGCAAGGAAAUCAAUACGAAAGUAAGAUUUGAACCCACAUGGGGUUUCUUCUCUUAAUCUACAAUUCAUAGAUCACAAACCUUUAAAGUGUUUUCUUUCUAAAAACUUUUUUUUUUAAAUUAAUUUAAACCAGUAAUAGUCAAUAAAUAGGACUUAUAGCUUUAAAGAAUGAACCUCAAAAUACAGAACUGACAUAUCCCUUUAAAAAUAGGAAAACCAAUCCCUUCCAUUUUAACAAAUAAUUCCUCUUUCACCAGAGAAGCGACCUCCUAUCACUGCUGAGCGUAAUCCUAAGUCCUUCUAGCUCUGAAAUUGAGCCACUGAUAUGUUUAUUUCUUUGUGUGGUAUAACUUCCUCAAUUUCAUGAUUUUAGAGAUAAUCAGGUAUUUCCAAACUUCCUCUUUUUUUUUCCUGCCACAUCCUUGUUAAAACCUAUCCAUUCAUGUUUGUUGAAGCAUUGUUGAUAGUCAUCUGUUCAAUCGUAGGAAGAUUCGACGUUUGGUUGACCCAAUCUCUGUUUCAAAAGAAUAUGAUAAAAAUUC